AUGGCGAACGACGAGCGAGCUCUUCCGAGUCGUCAGCGAGCCCUGUCACCGGACAAGGAUGGUGUACUUAGCGAUUCGGCUACCCUUUUCUCCGAAUCCUCGCAAGGGCCUUCUUCUGAUGCCGGUCGAUUCAAACAAGACGAAGAACGGAAAUCGAUCUUCUCGUUCCGACGGAGCUUGACGUCGGUGUGGUCGAACAGACAUCCAUCUGCGACGACGCUGGAUGAAACAAGAGGUCCCCUGGGCCUUCGACUCCUCGCUUCCUCUCCGGAACCGUUGAUAGACUUAAUAUUUGUCCAUGGUCUCCGCGGAGGAUCCAUAAGGACAUGGCAGAAAGAACCUGAUCCCCAAUACUUUUGGCCGAAAUACUGGCUCCCUCUGGAGCCUGAGUUCAGCCAUGCCAAUAUCCACAGUUUCGGAAUCAAGUGCAUUUUCUUCCUGGCAACACCCCACCGAGGAUCAGACUAUGCCGCUAUUCUCAAUCGCAUCCUACGUGUCACUGAGAUGACUGGGCUGUCUACAGCACGGGAAUACGUCAAAGAUCUGACGGCAGGCUCUACUUCGACCCAGUUGAUCAACGAUGAAUUUGGGAAGUUUGCACAUGAGCUGGCGAUAUACUCGUUCUACGAAACUUUGGAAACCAAGAUUGGAGUUUCUUCGGCUCUUAUCGUCGACAAAACAUCCGCUGUGCUAGCCGUCGUCAAGAACGAGAAUGACUCUCAGGAGCAACUGCGAGUCGUAAAAUCUCUGCUCAAACCGGCGCCUUCUCUUGAAGAGCAUCAUGAAAGACUGGCCGGAUCGUGCACGUGGAUCGAAGAACGACAAGAUUUCCUCGAUUGGAGAGACUCGGACGUCGAUUUUCACGAAGGAAGAGACUAUCCUCCGUCGAUAUACUGGGUCACGGCGAACCCGGGAGUUGGCAAGACCAUUCUUGCUAGUCACGUAACAUCACAGCUCAAGGAGCUCUGCGUCCAAAACUCUGUGCAUUUCUUUCGGUUCGGGAAGAAAGAGUCACACUCUCUGGCAACGUGCUUGCGAGCCAUCGCCUACCAAAUGGCCACCACCAACGCAGCUGUGCGAGGUGCUUUAGCCGAACUCUACAGGAAUGACUGCACUUUCGACCAGGAUGACGCACGUGCUGUGUGGUUGAAGAUUUUUACGUCUUGCAUCUUUCAAGUGGCGAUGUUUGCACCGUAUUAUUGGGUUCUAGACGCGGUAGAUGAGUGUGUGAAGUAUGUCGACUUCUUCGCACUUCUAAGGGGAGUCAAGCCGAGGUUCCCUCUUCGGAUAUUCAUAACGAGCCGGAACUUGCCAGAAACGCAAAAGAUUAUGCGCUAUUUGGGAGACUGCGAGAUCGUGACUGUCGAGAUACCAAUCACGAAUACAAUGAAUGACAUUGAUCUAUUUGUCCAGAAUCGAAUGAAAGAUUUCCCAAUGGAUAGCGGCACAGAGAAGGAUGAUCUUGCUCGUCAGAUCCUUGAAAAGUCCGGCGGAUCUUUUCUUUGGGUCCGCCUAGUAAUGGAUGAGCUAGAAUGCGUCAACGGGUAUGAGAGUAUGCUUGAGAUCAUCCAAGGCAUACCCGAGGGAAUGAUAGGCUACUACGCCCGAGCUACCUCAGAUAUGGCGGCGAACAAGCGCGAGAAACAUAUCGCCCAAGCUAUAUUACUCUGGGUGGCCCUUGCAGCUCGUCCACUUACAGUUUUCGAACUCUCCCAUGCCCUUGAGCUGGACAUUAAUGUCCGCUUCCCUAGCGCUAAAAGUGCUAUUGAAGGAUUGUGCGGCAACCUUGUUUGUGUCGACAAGGCCACCGACAUCGCGCAUAUAAUCCACAGUACUGCCAGGGAAUUUCUCCUGACUGAGGACGCGGGAGAAUUCCAAAUUCGCAGAUCCAAGGGCCACGAGCGAAUAGCGCUAGUGUGCCUACGGCUACUUGUCGGCCCACAGAUGCAGCCGCCUCGAAACCGUCGGCUGCACAGACAAAAGCAGCCUCAACGACUUCCACCUCCACUGCUGGACUAUGCUAUGACCCAGUUCUCUGAGCACGUUUACUGGGCGUCGGCUGAGAGUGACGAGCUCCUCACGGCGUUGAACAGGUUCCUUACCACUACAGUCCUGAGUUGGGUUGAGAAGGUAGUGGGCAAGAAAGACCUUUAUCGGCUCAUCCGAACAGCAAAGAACUUGAAAGCCUACCUAGAUAGACGUGGAAAAUACCGCUCCCCGUUAAAUCAGCACGUCCAGAGAAUCGACAGCUGGGCCACGGAUAUUAGUCGUUUAGCAACCAAGUUCGGAAGAGCCCUCGUCUCGUCUCCGUCGGCCAUAUACUUCCUUAUACCGCCUCUAUGCCCGGCACAAUCAGCUAUCUAUCAACAAUUUGGCCGCACACACGACGGUUUGCUUGUCUCAGGGAAUCUCACCCAACAAUGGGAUGAUUGCAUUUCUACUACUACCUUUGAGAAUGAAGCCGGUGCGGCUGUCGCAGCUGGAAACAACCUCAUUGCCGUGGGCUUUGAAUCUGGGAACAUCCAAUUGUUCAAUCAUCGGAGCUGCCAAAAGGUUCAGGCAAUCAAGCAGGAUUCGUGGGUUGACAGGCUCUAUUUUGAUCCACUGGGCACUUAUCUAGUUUCAUGCAGCAGGAAGUUCAUCUUUCUAUGGGACCUGGACGGGAAGAUGCGUUGGAAGGCCCGGAUUAGAGCGCAGUGUCUUUUGCUCGCGUCUUCCCCCGGCUAUCUUUUCGCAGUCACACAUCAAGGAUAUUCCUUCAAAUGGGAUAUUAUUACGGGAGAAAUGCUGGAAAAACAGUCGUACCGCUACCGGCCACCACCCAACUCGGAGACAAACAUCCACUCAAGCAAAGCCCCCUUCGCCGCUUCCAUCUCGCCCGGACUUGAGCUUCUUGGUCUAGCCUACCGAAAUAGCCCCGUCUGCCUCUUCGAUUUUGCGAGUGGCGAAUUUGUCGGGUGGGCUAUAGACGAGCGCUCCCGUGCCGCCUCACAGCUGAUCUUUAACCCUGAUCCCGAUGUCGGUUUACUUCUCAUCGCUUAUAACGAAUCGCACUUGGCCUUGUACGAUUCUUGGUCCGGAGCCCUUAUCCACUCUCGCGAGCCCGAUCAGAACGCCGUAUUCAAUGCCGUUUCGUGCUCUCCCGACGGCCGGACCUUUGCUACAGUCGACAUCCUCGGCAACUUGCGCCUCUGGGAUUUCGAAUCCCUGACGAUCCUCUAUCAUGUUCUCACACCGGGGCAUACAUUCAGGCUCCUACACUUUACUUCAGACGGCUUCAACCUUGUUGACAUUGAUGACGAUGAGAUGAGGGUAUGGUCUCCGUCUGCCUUGGUGAGGAAGACCGUCGAGGAGGAGGCCAGCACCAGUGACCAAGCCGCCGUGCUACCAGUAAUGGAAGGUCAGUUUGAAAUGUUUCGAUCAUCCAAAAUAAGUACUGUCGCUGCUCACUCCGUUGUCCCUUUCGUGCUCGCCGGGAACCAAGACGGCGAUGUUCUCCUGUAUAGUUCGAACGAUGGUCACUUGCUUGAAUCGGUAUACUCCCAUGGCGCCUUCAUAACGGGCAUUGCCCUCACCAAUGGCAAGACCAUCGCGUCAAGUGACAUUAACAACGUGGUUCAGGUCUGGGAGCUGGAUCUCGACGAGGGUCGGGCAACUAAAACCAGACAGCUGAAGUUCCAGGUUCACCUCGGUGUUCCAGUCGUCCAGAUUAUGUUUGAUGCUGCCGGGGAGUACUUGCUUAUCUCUACAGCAACGGGAGACCGUACCUAUAGUGCCAACGACGGCAGUUUGGUUGGCGAUCUGACAUUCACGCCUGAGAGACGAAUGUGGCGCUGGGCACCUUUACCUUCGUCAUUCUAUCCCGAACGGUUCGCACUUUUGGCUGACGGGAAACUCACCACUUAUUCAAUCGAGAAUAUUUCUUCCAAGACCAACAGUCGGGAGCUGCUACUCAAUUACGCGGCGGAACCCGAUUCCGUCGUCGAAGGAUUGCAAUCUCUUAUCCUGGCAGUAGAGAAAGAGAAAAGGAUGGCCCUUUUGACUAUCAAGCAGCGACACGGGCAGUUUACCUCUACUUUGACAUGCCUGGUAUUUCAAUUAUCAGGUAUUGGCGAGUGGGAUCAAGAUGGAGCUGUCUCGCCCUCGCGAACCCUCCCGUCGAGUGUCUGCAAGCAGUUCCUAGACCUGCGCCGCUCGAAUAACGACAUACUAUUCCUCCAUCAAAAUCAGUGGAUCACUUCUACCGAUCUUACUGCGACUAACGAGCAAUACACCCGACAUUUCAUAGUUCCAACCGACUUUGUUGCAGGGAGUCUUGAUAUAGUUCCGGUACAAACAGCGGACGAAGGAUUCACUUUCUGCGUCCGUGACAAGUUGACCAUUGUUAAGAAUGGCAUGACAUUUGCGGAACCACAGACCGCCGAGUGA